UGCACUGUGGCGGAGACCGACAGGAGAGGAACGGAGGAACGAACAUCCAGGUAUAGCCCCAGUUUAACGGCUAUUACAGUGUCUGAAGUCUCGCUCUCAUAGGCCUGGUUUUUGUUCAGUCUACUCUGCAUUUUACCGAACCCGGAUUUAAACGUUAUCGGAGUUUACUGUCGGAUUGUUAUGCUUUGGAUAUUAUCUCAUAACUAAGUGAUGGAACUGAGGAGAUCCAGAGGCUCCCCUGUGAACUACACAUCCCAGCAGGCAACAUAAAGAAGGAUGUCCUGGUCAACCUGACAAAAAGUAGAGUCAGUCCAAUCGGACCUCACGCCAUGAUUCCCCAUAGCAACCUCUUUGGACUGUAACUGAUUAAAAACAGUUGCACUUUGACCCAGCGGAAGAAGGAACAGUUUUUUCUCUUCUCUCCUCCCUUCUUCAGGAGGAAAGACAGCUGAAAUUAUAACUGUUAUCCCAACUACUCAUUGUGAAAAGACCCCUGUUGUACUAGCAGCAAUAAACAUAUCUGAGUGUACUUGUGUACGACUGUGGAUAGUCCCUCCAGAAUUGGAUAUUAACUCUAAAACUUUUAAACCAUACCUAAUUCAAUGCUAUCCAAGCAUUCAGGAAUAUAAACUCCUCUUUCUCUUCAUCGUCCUCCUCCUCCUCUUCCUCUUCCUCCUCCUUCCUUCUACCUCAUCCUCUUCCUCCUCCUCUUCCUCUUCCUCCUCCUUCCUUCCACCUCUUCCUCCUCCUUCCUUCCUUCCACCUCAUCCUCCUCCUCCCCUUCCUCUUCCUCCUCCUCUUCCUCCUCCUUCCUUCCACCUCUUCCUCCUCCUUCCUUCCUUCCACCUCAUCCUCCUCCUCCCCUUCCUCUUCCUCCUACUCUUCUUCCUCUUCCUCAUUCUCCUCCUCCUUGUUGACCAUGGAUGUUCUGGGCUUGGCUGCUAGACUACAGCUGAUGCUCUUGGCGCUCCUGGGUGUGUGUCUGAGCCUGGAGUUCACCGGGGCCCCCGGCCAGUGGGCCCGCUACCUCCGCUGGGAUGCCAGCACGCGCAGCGACCUCAGCUUCCAGUUCAAGACGGACGUGUCCACGGCGCUGCUACUGUACUUCGACGACGGAGGUCACUGCGACUUCCUGCAGCUGAUGGUGGCGGAGGGCAAGUUGCAGCUGCGCUUCAGCAUCGACUGCGCCGAUAUCGCCGUGGUGUCCGACAAGAGAGUUAAUGAUAGCAGCUGGCACUUUGCCACACUGAGCCGCUACGGUCUGCGGACGGUUUUGGGGCUGGACGGCCAGGUCAAGGCGGACGAGGUGCGGCCCACCGGAGGUAGCCGCCAUCACAUGAAGAUAAUCAGUGACCUGUUCCUGGGCGGCGUUCCGCUGGAUAUCCGCACCUCGGCGCUCACGCUGCCCACAGCGUGCGACGCCCCGCCCUUCAGAGGAACUAUCAUGGAUCUGAAGUAUGGGAACACGGAACCGGUUCUCCUCAGCAGCCUCAGGGUCCAUCUGGAGUCGGACCGGCGCUGUACGGAGAACCCGUGUGAGAAUGGUGGGAGCUGCUCCGUGGUAGAUGGGGAACCCUUGUGUGACUGUUCCAAAACGGAAUACAAGGGCUGUUUCUGCAAUGAAGUGCGGGAGGAGAAUGUGGCCACGUUCCGCGGCUCUGAGUACUUCAGCUACGACCUGUCCCAGAACCCUAUCCAGUCCUCCAGCGACGAGAUCACGCUCUCCUUCAAGACGUGGCAGCGCAAUGGCCUGAUCCUCCACACGGGGAAGUCUGCUGACUACGUCAACCUGGCCCUGAAGGACGGAGCCGUGUCCCUGGUCAUCAACCUGGGCUCCGGGGCCUUCGAGGCCAUCGUGGAGCCAGUCAUCGGGAAGUUCAAUGACAAUGCCUGGCACGACGUCAAGGUUACGCGCAACCUCAGACAGGUGACAUUAUCAGUUGACGGUAUCCUGACGACCACGGGCUACACCCAGGAGGACUACACCAUGCUGGGAUCCGAUGACUUCUUCUACGUGGGUGGAAGCCCCAGUACCGCCGACCUGCCUGGGUCUCCUGUCAGCAACAACUUCAUGGGCUGCCUCAAAGAGGUGGUCUACAAGAACAACGACAUUCGUCUGGAGCUCUCCCGUCUGGCGCAUAUCGUGGACCCCAAAAUGAAGAUCCAGGGGGAUGUGAUGUUUAAGUGUGAGAACGUGGCCACCCUGGACCCUGUCUCCUUCGAGACCCCCGAGGCCUACAUCAGCCUGCCCAAGUGGAACACCAAGAGAAUGGGUUCCUUGUCCUUUGACUUCAGGACCUCGGAACCCAACGGACUCAUCCUCUUCACCCACGGCAAGCCUCAGGAGCGCAAGGAGUCCCAACGCAGCCAGAAGAACACCAAGGUGGACUUCUUUGCGGUAGAACUGCUGGAUGGCAGUCUGUACCUGCUGUUGGACAUGGGAUCAGGGACCAUCAAGGUCAAAGCCACCCAGAACAAGGUCAACGAUGGAGCCUGGUACCACGUGGACAUGCAGAGGGACAGGCGUUCAGGCACCAUCUCAGUCAACAGCCGGCGCACUCCGUUCAUGUCCAGCGGAGAGAGUGAGAUCCUGGACCUGGAGGGGGACAUGUACCUAGGUGGUCUACCCUCAGACCGCACCAAUCUCAUCCUGCCCACUGAGCUGUGGACCGCCAUGCUCAACUACGGCUACGUUGGCUGCGUGCGCGACCUCUUCAUCGACGGUCGCAGCAAGGACAUCCGACAGAUCGCUGAGGCGCAGAACGGGGCCGGCAUCAAGCCGUCGUGCAACAAGGUGGUGGGGAAACAAUGUGAGAGCUACCCGUGUAAGAACAGAGGCGUUUGCAAGGAGGGAUGGAACCGGUUUAUCUGCGAUUGUACCGGCACGGGGUACUGGUCACGUACCUGCGAGAGAGAGGCGUCCAUCUUGAGUUAUGACGGCAGUAUGUACAUGAAGGUGGUGAUGCCCCAGGUGAUGCACACGGAGGCGGAGGACGUGUCUCUGCGUUUCAUGUCCCAGCGGGCCUACGGUCUGCUCAUGGCCACCACCUCGCGAGACUCGGCCGACACGCUGCGUCUAGCGCUGGACGGGGGCCGGGUCAAGCUCACGGUCAACCUAGACUGUGUCAGGAUAAACUGUACUUCCAGCAAGGGACCCGAGACCCUGUAUGCUGGGCAAAAACUCAAUGAUAAUGAGUGGCAUACGGUGCGCGUGGUCCGCCGGGGAAAAACCUACACGCUCAUGGUGGAUGAUGACAUAGCAGAAGGCCAGAUGGCGGGCGACCACACCCGUUUGGAGUUCCACAACAUCGAGACGGGCAUCAUGACGGAGAGGCGCUUCGUCUCGACCAUCCCCUCUAGCUUCAUUGGACACCUACAGAGUCUCAGGUUCAACGGUAUGCUGUAUAUAGAUCUCUGUAAGAACGGAGACAUCGACUUCUGUGAGCUCAACGCCCGCUUUGGCAUGCGCUCCAUCAUCGCUGACCCCGUGACCUUCAAGUCUAAGAGCAGCUACCUGAGCCUGGCCACCCUGCAGGCCUACACCACCAUGCACCUCUUCUUUCAGUUCAAAACCACCUCGCCCGACGGAUUCAUACUGUUCAACAGUGGAGACGGCAACGACUUCAUCGCUGUGGAGCUGGUUAAAGGGUACAUCCACUAUGUGUUUGAUCUUGGCAAUGGGCCCAACGUCAUCAAGGGCAACAGCGACCGGGCUCUACAUGACAACCAGUGGCACAAUGUGGUCAUCACUCGUGACAACAGCAACAUUCACACUCUGAAGGUGGACGCCAAGGCAACCAGUCAGGUAGUCAACGGAGCCAAGAACCUCGACCUGAAAGGUGACCUGUUUAUCGCUGGGCUGGGCCCUGGUAUGUACGGUAGCCUGCCCAAGCUGGUGGCAUCCAGGGACGGUUUCCAGGGCUGCCUGGCCUCAGUGGACCUCAACGGCCGACUCCCUGACCUCCUCCAGGACGCUCUGUUCCGCAGCGGGCAGAUCGAGCGUGGAUGCGAAGGUCCCAGCACCACCUGUCAGGAGGACUCAUGUACCAACAUGGGCGUCUGUAUCCAGCAGUGGGAGAACUACACCUGCGACUGCUCCAUGACCUCCUUCACCGGCACGCGGUGCAAUGAUCCUGGGACCACCUAUAUCUUUGGGAAAGGAGGAGGCCUCAUCACGUUCAAAUGGCCAGCCAACGAGAGGCCCAGCACGCGUACAGACAGGCUGACCGUGGGGUUCAGUACCUCCCUAAAGGACGGCAUCCUGGUCCGGAUAGACAGUGCUCCAGGUCUUGGAGACUAUCUCAUGCUCCACAUCGAACAAGGGAAGAUUGGUGUGACGUUUAACAUCGGCACAAUGGACAUCAGCGUGAGAGAGAAUAGCACACCAGUGAAUGACGGGCUGUACCAUGUGGUACGCUUUACCAGAAACGGGGGUAACGCCACACUCCAGGUGGACAACUGGUCUAUCAAUGAACACUUCCCAGGAGCGACGACCGAUAGUGAACGUCUUGAAAUUGCCACUAAGAAAUUCCCGCUGAAAUACGCCCGGCCAGUAGUGGAUUGGCUACAGGAGAAAGGCCGGCAGCUUACCAUAUUCAACACCCAGGCCUUGGUGACCAUCGGUGGCAGCGACCGCAGUCGGCCCUUCCAGGGACAGCUGUCCGGCCUCUACUACAAUGGCCUGAAGGUCCUCAACAUGGCCGCCGAGGGCAACCCCAACAUCAAAAUCAACGGCAGCGUCCGGUUGGUGGGUGACACGCCCUCUGUGGCCGGGUCGGCCCGCACCACCGCCCAGCCGCCUGAGUUAUCCACCACCUUUAUUGAGACCACCACCAUCAUGUCCACCACCACCACCCGCAAGCACCGCUCCUCUCCCACCAUACAGCAGACGACAGACGACAUGGUGUCUUCGGCAGAGUGUUCCAGUGAUGACGAGGACCUGGAGGAGUGUGACUCUGGCCGUGCAGGUGGGCUAGCCCUGCCCACCCAGCCCGGCGUCAACCGAGUCCCGGGACCCCCGGAAGUGUCCCGCCAGUCUAGCAGCACCAUCGGGAUGGUCGUGGGGAUAGUGGCUGCCGCAGCCCUGUGCAUCGUCAUCCUCCUGUACGCCAUGUAUAAGUACAGGAACAGGGACGAGGGUUCCUACCAGGUGGACGAGAGCAGGAAUUACAUCACCAACUCGGCAACGCAGAGCAACGGAGCCGCCGUGAAGGACAAACAGCAAAGCUCGAAAGCUGUCAAAGGAAAACAGAAAAACAAGGACAAGGAGUAUUACGUUUGAGUGACGGACGUUGAGAGAUGAAAAGAGAGAGGAAGAGAAAUUCAGGUAUAGAGAAAUAUAGAACUGUAUUUAAUUAACAGUUACCUUCUAAGGAGCUGCAAUGACAAAACAUGGUAAAAACUAGAACCGUUACUUGAUGCUGUGUAGAGUGGUUGAACUAUGACUAUGUGUAGUAAUAUGAAGAAGACUUACUAUUGUAAGCACACAGAGAAGGAUAAUAGCAUCUUUAGAGGCCUUCCUCUUCUGCCGAGUUCGUGUCCAACUACUUCACAGCGACUGCAACAUCAUCCUAUGGGACUUUUAGAACUAUGUGAUCCUUGGCGUAAAAAAAAGCAAAUUUGGUUUGUUUUUGUAAACCUGUACAAAAUGAAAGAUGUUCGUUAAUCUUGACCGUCUUCAGCAUGUAAGCAACGUGUAGUGCUUUAGCAAGAGUGGUUCAGGAUAAAAAGGAUCAUUGUAAAGUCAAUGGGAAAAAAAUGGACUACUGCUGUUUAAAGAUAUCGUACAUUUUUUUAUUGUAUGUAUGGUUUGGGGAUUAUAAAAGUGUGGUGUCUACGCAACAACAACAAAAAAUAUCUACUACUCUAUGUAUCAAAUGACACCAAGUGAGCUCAAAUGGCUGAGGAAAGAUCUCUUCAGAUCUCAGAGCUCUGUUGUCUGUCCACUGAUCUCAACAUGAUUACUCUCGCUGUGUGACAGAAGGACAGAGUGACACUGACGUGUGGUCCUGGCGAGAAGUGGUUGCUUGUUCUUGUCUCAGUUAAAAGCAACUGAUUGUAAUGCAUGUAAUCCAUUCUACCAAAACUGUACAGUACAGUACAAUAUACCACUAGAGUACAAUAUACCACGACAGUACAAUACAUACCAGUACAGUAUAUUGUACAGUACAGUACAAUAUAUAAACUUAGCUUGAACAGUCCUUUUCUCUCUAAAGGCCAAACUUUAUACUUCGUCAUCAUCAAGACACCACAACUCUUUCGAUUUUAUUCCCUAAAAACGUCAACAAUGAAAAUAUGAGUAUCCCUAAAGAUAAAAAGGUCUGUUGGUUUGCAGUCGUGCUGGUUGUGUCUUUUGCAGGCCUCUGUGUGUUGGUUAAUCACCUCUUGUUCUAUUUUCUAUGGAGCUGUCCCAUCGAGGACAGAAUGCAGUACUAUAACACUGUUAAAAAUGUCUAUACAGAAAUAAAUCUAACGUGAAAAGUGUGAAUUCUAUCUGUCACAGUCAAAACUGUGUCAAACAAACACAUUUGUUUACAUAUUUUAUUACAUUAUAGCCGUUGUACUUUGUAGGUACUAGCUAUUGUACAUACCAUCUAAGUUGUAAUUCUUUUGUAAUUAUAUUGUACAGACUGAUCAUAUGGUUUAUCAGUGUAUUUCAUGAAGAAACAUAUAUUACUAACUAAUGUGAAGAAAGACUUUGAAGCAUUGAGAAUGCACAUUUAGUAAAGAAAAGAGAACACUAUGUUAAGAUAGAAACAUCUGCGAUUAGAGCUCUAAGUGUCAAUCAAAUACAAGAUGGCUGAUCUUAAUUGUACCAAUGCUUUCUUCUUCUUCUCUGGUUAUUUUCGUGUUAGUUAUAUUUUGAAAAGAUUAAAGAGAAGCUAUAUUAAUCGAAGACUAUAGCUGUUGGACGCGGAGGCGCAGUUCAGACAAUCUCCCAAAAGUCUUUACACUAACAUUCAUGACAAAAUCAUUCGCUUUUCAUAUUUGUUUUACAUAUUUUUGUUAUACAGUGCCUUGAAAAAGUAUUCAUCCCCCUUGGCGUUUUUCCUAUUUUGUUGCAUUACAACCUGUAAUUUAAAUAGAUGUUUAUUUGGAUUUCAUGUAAUGGACAUACACAAUAUAGUUCAAAUAUAUGAAGUGAAAUUUAAAAAAAUCACUUAAAACGGAAUAGUGGUGCGUGCAUAUGUCUUCAACCCUUUUGCAAUGAAGCACCUAAUAAAGAUCUGGUGCAACCAAUUACCUUCAGAAGUCACAUAAUUAGUUAAAUAAAGUACAUCUGUGUGCAAUCUAAGUGUCACAUGGAUCUCAGUAUAUAUACACCUGUUCUGAAAGGCCCCAGAGUCUGCAACACCAUUAAGCAAGGGGCACCACCAAGCAAGCGACACCAUGAAGACCAAGGAGCUCUCCAAACAGGUCAGGGACAAAGUUGUGGAGAAGUACAGAGAUCAGGGUUGGGUUAUAAAAAAAUAUCCAAAACUUUGAACAUCACACAGAGCACCAUUAAAUCCAGCAUUAAAACAUUGUUGCACCACAACAAACCUGCCAAGAGAAGGAGGGCAUUAAUCAGAGGCAACAAAGAGAUCAAAGAUAACCCUGUAGGAGCUACAAAGCUCCACAGCGGAGAUUGGAGUAUCUGUCCAUAGGCCCACUUUAAGGUGUACAUGCCACAGAAUUGGGUUUUAUGGAAGAGUGUCCAGAAAAAAAGCCAUUGCUUAAAGAAAAAAAUAAGCAAACGCAUUUGGUGUUCACCAAAAGGCAUGUGGGAGACUCCCCAAACAUAUGGAAGAAGGUGCUUUGGUCAGAUGAGACUAAAAUUGAGCUUUUUGGCAAUCAAGGAAAACACUAUAUCAGGCACAAACCUAACACCUCACAUUACCCCUAGAACACCAUCCCCACAGUAAAGCAUGGUAGUGGCAGCAUCAUGCUGUGGGGAUGUUUUUCAUCGGCAAGGACUGGGAAACUGGUCAGAAUUGAGGAAAUGAUGGAUGGCGCUAAAUACAGGGAAAUUCUUGAGGGAAACCUGUUUCAGUCUUCCAGAGAUUUGAGACUGGGAUGGAGGUUCAUCUUCCAGGAGGACAAUGACCCUAAGAAUACUGCUAAAGCAACAUUGGAGUGGUUUAAGGGGAAACAUUUAAAUGUCUUGGAAUGGCCUAGUCAAAGCCUAGACCUCAAUCCAAAUGAGAAUCUGUAGUAUGACUUAAAGAUUGCUGUACACCUGCGAAACCCAUCCAAGUUGAAGGAGCUGGAGCAGUUUUGCCUUGAAGAAUUGGCAAAAAUCCCAGUGGCUAGAUGUGCCAAGCUUAUAGAGACAUACCCCAAGACACUUGCAGCUGUAAUUGCUGCAAAAGGUGGCUCUACAAAGUUUUGAACUUGGGGGAGGUUAAUAGUUAUGCACGCUCAAGUUCGCAUUUUUGUGUCUUAUUUCUUGUUUGAUUCACAAUAAAAAAUAUUUUCCAUCUUCAAAGUGGUAGGUAUGUGAUGUAAAUUGAUUGAUUUCAAAAUUUCAGUUUAUAAGGCAACAAGAUAGGAAAAAUUCCAGGGGUGUGAAUUCUUUCGCAAGCUACUGUAUAUAUAUGUAUAUAUAUUUUCAGGAUCCUUAUAUUUUUAUAUUUUUUAUUUCAUUUAAUUUGUGACUAUGGCCAGACUGUUUGUAAUCACUGACACUUUGGUGUUUUUGUCAUCUUUAGUUUUAUUAGAUUAUUAUAAUUUUUUUUGUAUUUUAAUAUUGUUUUCUAUUAGUUUUUAUAUUUUUUUCAUGCUCUUUUUUUCCAUGAAUUGUUUGCAAUAAAAUGCUCUU